AGCGGGAAGCGGAGACGCUCGCAGCGGGAUCUGCGGGCGCUGGGGCGGCGGGUCGCUGUUGUCGCUGCGAGGCUCCGGGACGACGCCCGCGGCCGCGGGGGGCCAGUGUUUGAGUCCCUGUAGCCUGUGAAGAUGGUGUUGCUCACGAUGAUCGCCCGGGUGGCGGACGGGCUGCCGCUGGCCGCCUCCAUGCAGGAGGAUGAGCAGUCUGGCCGGGACCUUCAGCAGUACCAGAGUCAGGCUAAGCAACUCUUUCGAAAGCUGAAUGAGCAGUCCCCGACCAGGUGCACCCUGGAAGCGGGCGCCAUGACUUUCCACUACAUUAUUGAGCAGGGGGUAUGUUACUUGGUUUUGUGUGAAGCUGCCUUCCCUAAGAAGCUGGCUUUUGCAUACCUGGAAGACCUGCACUCAGAGUUCGAUGAGCAACAUGGGAAGAAGGUGCCCACUGUGUCGAGACCCUAUUCCUUUAUUGAGUUUGAUACUUACAUUCAGAAAACCAAGAAGCUCUACAUUGACAGUCGUGCUCGGAGAAACCUCGGCUCCAUCAACACUGAACUGCAGGAUGUGCAGAGGAUCAUGGUGGCCAAUAUUGAAGAGGUGUUACAACGGGGAGAAGCCCUCUCAGCAUUGGAUUCAAAGGCUAACAAUUUGUCCAGCCUGUCCAAGAAAUACCGCCAGGAUGCGAAAUACUUGAACAUGCGUUCCACGUAUGCCAAACUUGCAGCAGUAGCUGUAUUUUUCAUCAUGUUAAUAGUGUAUGUGCGGUUCUGGUGGCUGUGAGUAGUGAAUCCAGUCACUGGCAAGGGCGAACCUAGAACCUGGCAAGUGUAUGUUUUCAGGAAGCUGAGCUCACAGAGAUGUGUAUUAGAAUCCAAGUGGAACUUCUGCCUCUAAAGACCUUGCAAGAAAAGAUCCUGAAAAUGAAAGGUUACACCUCAUUUAAUGAUGCUUAACCCUAAGUGGAAAGUCUCUUUUGGGGGCAGAGGCUUUCUCUGGGUGCUAAGCCAUAUAUGUUAGGGAACAGUAGAUUGUUUUUAUUUUGUUUUUUCCCUCCCAGUGUCUUACAGUUUAAAACAGCCCUGACUGGGGCAUUCUCAGUCUCUAAUGGAGCCAUCAGUGAGAUUUGGCUUAAACAACCUGUUUAAGUCACAUUCUGAAAUUCAUUCAGAGGAGGCAGCCCUCUGGAAAGGUUUUCAACUCUAGCUAAUCAACAUUCCUUUUGUUGGUGACAUUUGUGAUUUUCAGUAAUCUGAGUCUUUUGAUGGCCUUUUAAACAAGACUCCAGUAUGUGAAGGUUAAUUGCUGUGCUGCAAAGAUCUUGUCUGUUGGCCCCUGUAGGAAGUUAAUCUUUAUUGUUUUCCUUUUUAACUACUUUGCUUAUUGCACAAUUGCUUUAAGGUUAAAGGAAUUAUAUUAAGAUGCCUUGAAAUUAUAUUAUAGCACUCCUUGAUUAAGAAACUAAAACGCUCUUUGUCAUUUACUCCUUAAA